AUGGCAUCGAUUAAGACCAUGCUGACCGCUAGUGACAUCAUCACAUCCGACACCCCUGCCACGGCCGCCAAGCCUCUGGCGCCUGUCCCACGCGCCCCUGAGCACGGGUCAGCCGACAGGAGCAGCACCAGCCCCGAACCCUCCCCCCGCGUCGCCGCCGCCGCUGACGCACCCACGGCCCCCAAAGCCGGCUGGUUUGCGUGCGCGGUGUCCGGCCUUGAGGCCAAGUGGCGUGCCGCGACAGCCGCCGCCGUCGUCAGCAAGACUGCCCCCUCGCCCCAGGAGGCUGCGCCCUUGCUACGCGCAGCCAGCGCGGCCUCCACCUCCGACCCGAGCCUCGCCACGAAAGCCGUCGCCGCUGUCGUUGAUGGCAACGCACACGACCCCAAGUCCCCCAAGAAGACCCAAUGGCUCGUGCGCGCAGUCGCGGCCGCUGAGGCCAAGUGCAGCGCUGCAUGCGGGUCUGUCGCCACCUCGCGGCGCGCCACCGCCGCCAAGGCGGCGGCCGCGCUGACCCCCAAGAACAAGGCCUCGCUGAAGAAGGGGCGCCGCGGCAAGGCUGAUGCCGUGACGACCUCUGUGCCCGCUGACGCUGCGCCCACCGCGCCUGCGGCCGGCCCCGACGCUGCCGGCAGCCCCGCGCCCGCCGCUGGCACCGAUGCCGCGGUGGUCGUCACCGCUGUUGCUUCCACCACCCACGAUCCCGCGCUGACAGCCCCCAAGCCCAGUUCCGAGGCCGGCGCUGCCGCCGCGCCCAGAUGGAGGAAGAAUCUCGGCGCCAGGUUCAGGGCCGCCUUGCCGCAUGCGGCGGCGUCAGUGGCGGAAGUGGUGGGGGGCGAGGCGGCAGAGGCCUGCUAG